AUGUCAAGGGCAGAUUAUUUAUCUAAAUAUUUGAAUAAUGAAUCAUCUGAUAAACCCAAAAAGAAAAAGCAUAAGAAGAGCUUAGCUUCUACAACAACAACAUCGAUGAAUAUUGUUGUUGAAACUCCUAAACCAUUAGGUGUACCAUCUAUUGAUAACAAUGAAGAAUAUAAUGAUGAAACAAAUAUACACACACAAGACAAUGAAGAUCAACAUGAUGAAUAUGCUCCAGUGAAACUAAAAACUAAUCAAAAAUCAAAUAAAGGUUUCAAACGAAUAGAUAAUGGAGAAGUAAUAACUACAAAUAAUACACCUACUACAGCUCCUUCUUCUUUGGUAAUAAAACCUAAUCAAGAAACUAUAUACCGUGAUUCAUCGGGGCGUAUAAUAAAUGAUAUCAAACAACGACAAGAAGAUUUAAAACAACAAAAAUUACAUGAAGAACAAUUGAAACAAUUUACUGAAAUUAAAACAUCUAAACAAGAUCAAAUUAUUCAAGAACAAGAAAUAUUUAAACCCGAACCCAACCUCAAUAAUAAUUAUAAUAAUAUUGAUCAAUUUGAAGAUCCUAUGACAUCAUUUAUUAAAGAUCCUACCAAAAAAGAAUUUGAAGAUGUUGUUAAAUCAAAAUUUGUUUAUAAUAAAGGCAUUAAUAUACCUAAUCGAUUUAAUAUUCCUGCUGGGUAUUUUUGGGAUGGAAUUGAUCGUAGUAAUGGAUUUGAACAAAUGUAUCUUCGUAAACAAACUGAAUAUAAUUAUGAUAAAAUUGAUUCAAAAAUUAAUGAAACUUAUGAAAUUGAUAUUGGUGAUGAUUGA